GUCAACGAAAACAAAACUGGGAAAGAUGUGCUGUCGUAACGCGACGUUUAUCGUGCUUUCGUUAUUUCUAAUUCUGUUCUGCGACACAACGUCAUCGGAAUGCAACGAGCUCGUGCCCUGCAUCUGCUCGUUACCGGACGGCUACUAUUACAAUUUGACCGCCCUCGCUGACGCAGAGCCACUUGAGGCCAUUGUUGACGAUAAAGUUAAUUGGACGAUACGCUUUCAUCCGUGCACAAAUGUAAAAAUGAAGCUAGACAGCAACGACACAACAUGCGCUAAUGGAAAUGGAGUAUCACUAUGCAUGCACAAUAAAAAUCAGACACUAACUGGGACGGUGGAGGAAACGAAAAUGAAAUUGUCGACUGCAGGCAAUUUUCCAAUUUUUGAAAUAGUCCAUAAAGACGUUAAGUCGACGAUAAAUAUUAUAUGCUCUCCCAUUAAGGAGGACAAAACGAGAUUCAUACUAGAUUCUCCGAUUUCUUCUGAAUCUAAACAAUUAAUUUUGCAAUCUCUUUUUCUUGAAGGUUUCCCUCCAGGAAAAUUCCGGCGUAUACAUACCCAAGAUUGCAGAACGUAG